GAAAAGGGUUCACGUCUGAUGCUGUUCAGUCUGUUGUCGCAAAAAGAAGCACACAUCAAUAGUAAUUUUAUGCCUCAGUCUUUGGAGCUAUGACACGUUUUAGUGUAUGGCCGGAGAAUACCACUGAUACUAGAAAACUUAUUGUCACACACGCACAGAGAAAGAGUAAAAGAGAGUGUGUGAUGCAAACAAGGUCGCCGUCUCGUCACACGCAUUUAAAAUACUGUGAGAGUAAGAGGAAAACGUAAUCUUCUUUCUUUUAUAUAUAUUUCUGGGUCACCAUGCCGGAUCAGGUCCAUGCUGCCGUAUUACAAUUUCUCCUCCGUAAUGGAUACAAGGAAACGCAAGACGCGUUUGUGCGAGAAGCCGGUGACAAGAUCGACUUUGACAUUGUCGAAGAUGCUCCUCCCGUAGAACGCCUGCUAGGCGAACAGCCCACACCCGAUCCUGUCAAUCAAGUGGCCAAUCGUCUGGCCGACAUUCAACUGGAGCGAACACAAGAACUAGACGAUGGUGAUGACGAUUAUUAUACGACCCUGAUUGACACCUUGUCCAAUAUCCAUGAGACCAACAUUCUAUCAGUGGCUGUUGAACCUCGCACUGGCAUGAUUGCAACGAGCUCAACGGACCGAACAGUCAAGUUGACGGCACAAGGUAAUACAGAACGCGUGUAUCACCAUCACCAAGGGCCUGUGCUCAGUAUCGAUUUCCAUCCACAAACGCCGCACCUCAUGAUAACGACGUCAAUGGACGGCUCAAGUGCACUUGUCGAUACACGCAAAAGCGAAGAAGACAACGGUGUCUUGCAGCGAUUCAACAACCAUAAAAAGUAUGUUGUCCGUGGUCUGUUUUCACCCAUCGAUGGCCGGUUCCUAGCUACAGCUUCAUACGAUCGCAUGAUCAGCAUUUAUGAACAAAAGGAAGAAAAUGGCGAAUAUAAGCUACUCAAGCAGCUGGGCCCAUUUAUCGGCAAUGUCGAGACGAUCUGCUUCCUUCCUAACGAAAAUGUAUUAGUAGCUGGUGUCAAUGGUGACAACUAUCUCCACUACAUCCACUUGGACGACCAGUUCCGCCGCGAGAAGUACAACAUGAACGCCAACGAUGAUGACUGGGUAUCCUUUUCGCCUGCAUGGAUUUCGCCUUCACCAGACGGCCGUCAUAUCCUAGUAUCGACAGAUCAUAGCACCGGUCGAUUGAUCCUAUUCGCUGCUAACCAGUCGACGCAGGUCCAAAACUACUACGAUAUUCCAAGUGAUAACCAGUUUGCUACACGUCGUCAUUGCUGGCACCCGAGCGGCCGUUACUUUUAUGUGAGCGGUGGCGACGACUACUGCAUCCGAGUAAUCGAAACCAAGACCGGUAGACUCACAGCAGAGCUGGAAGGAGGUCAUACGGCGAUGGUGCGUGCAAUGGCAUUGGAUCCGCAAGUUGGCCUGGUUACAGGUGGCUUCGAUCAUCUCGUAAAUGUGUGGGCCAAACCCCCGGCUCCCAUGAUUCGAUAAAAGCAAAAUAUAGAAAAAAAAACGUGUGCUUGUGAUUUACUAUAUGAGAAGGAAUAAAUAUAUUAUGAAUACAGAUGA